UUAGGGUUUUUGGAGGAAGGAUGAGGAAGCUCAAGUUCCAUGAGAAGAAGCUUCUGAAGAAGGUGAAUUUCCUAGAAUGGAAGAGAGAAGGUGGUCACAGGGAAGCCCAUGUUAUGCACCGCUACCAUGUCACGGGCCGAGACGAUUACAAAAAAUAUUCGGGUUUGUGCCGGAUGGUGCAAAAGCUUGUGAACAUUUUGAAGCAGAUGGACCCGAGAGAUCCUUUCCGAAUUGAGAUGACUGAUACGCUUUUGGAAAAACUGUACAACAUUGGUGUGAUACCAACCAGAAAAAGCUUGGCACUGUGUGAUCGCUUAGCGGUAUCAUCCUUUUGUAGGCGUAGGCUUUCAACUGUGUUGGUACGAUUGAAGUUUGCAGAGCACUUGAAAGAAGCUGUAACGUACAUUGAGCAAGGACACAUCCGGGUGGGUCCAGACACAGUGACUGACCCAGCAUUUCUUGUGACGAGGAAUUUGGAGGACUUUGUGACAUGGGUAGAUUCAUCCAAGAUUAAAAGAAAGGUGCUCCAGUACAAUGAGAGGUUGGAUGAUUAUGAUGCCAUGAACUGAACAACUUGAAAAUGGAAGCUUUGAUUUGGUAUCUGAUUGUUUUUACUGUAGCAUUUUUUUUAUCUAAUGAUGAGAGCAAAACGACUGCAAGUGGUGUAUUGAUGAAGGAUAUUUAUUUUGCACAUUGCCUAAUAUGCAUUUUAAUUUUGAUGCCAUUGGCCCGAGCUUGCUUA